AGGCCACCAUGGCUCAAACCAAGGGGGCACAAGAAACUCUUCCUCGCUGAUUUGCCCAAUCCACGAGGUCCAUAACUGGCAUGCGCCACGUAUGCUUGGCCUCCAUCCUGAGUUUCUUGACUCUUGCCAAGUCCUGGCCCCUGAGCUCUCGACACGAGGCACACCACAUCGAGACUGAGCCGCUGGUUCGCAAAGAGGCACGCAGAGGUAGAUCCUUGCUCCAUGCCGACGUUGAAGCGGACGGAGCCUUCAGACUGGAGCCAGCGGAUUUGGUGGAGCUGGAGCGAGAUGCCCGGGAGGCGCCGGCAUUGGGGCCCGAGGGCCCUCGGGGCGAGCCCGGGGCGCGUGGAGAGGAAGGCCCUGCGGGCGACAAAGGCCCGCAAGGGCCUCAAGGAGACAAAGGUGCUCAAGGAGAGAAGGGCGAGAAAGGUGAGGGGGGAACUCCGCCGGAGAUGCCGGUUGCACCAGAAGGGAGCGCCGACAUGAACAUGGUGGGCGCCGUUUUCGCGAUCCACUUUACGGUGCUGGGGAUCCUCUACAUGCAGUUGGAGUCCCGCAUCAAAGACUCCCGCGCUCCGAAGGAUGCACCAGAGGAGGGCGAAGCGGAGGGCGAGGUCAACGAGGAGGCAGAGGCACAGCCAGAGGAACACCAAGAGGAACAAGUGGCUUGAAAGGAUGCCUUGCGCGAGAGGUGAGGUGAUGAAUUGGGAUA